GACAUGCCUCAUAGCUCCAGUCUCAAACUUAACCCCGUUCCUGCUGAAGAAGAGGAGGGCUGCUGGAUGGAGAAAGAAGCUCUCGUGAAAGAGGAGGAGGAGGAGGAAGAAGAAGAAGAGGAAGAAGAGGAAGAGGAGGCUGUUACAAUACAAAAACAAGUAGAGGUUGAGGCUGUUACCGUGAAAGAAGAAGAGAAAGAGGUCUCAGUUAAAGAGGAGGACGACGACGUUUCAGUGAAAGAAGAAGAAGAAGAAGAAGAGGAGGGGGAGGUGACUGUCACAUCGAACAAUGAAGAAGAGGAGGAAACUGGAUAUCUGGGGCCGGUUUCCCAAACGCAUUUUAAGGCGGUCGAUGGUUCUAACGAUGAAUGUGCCCUGAUUAACACUAGAGAGAGACGUGACUAUCCUGGAUCCUCUGGGGGGCCUCAACAACCUCAUGAUGCUGAAGAGGCAGAGAAGAGUCUCUCCACAUCAAAACACCCCAAGAAACAUCAGCUGAGACCCACAGGAGAGAAACCAUACUACUGCUCUGACUGCGGGAAGAGUUUCUUAAGAUCACAUUCACUAAAAAUACACAUGAGAAUUCACACUGGAGAGAAAUCUUAUAGCUGCUCUAACUGCAGGAAGAGUUUCUUAAGAUCAGAUUCACUAAUAAUACACAUGAGAAUUCACACUGGAGAGAAACCUUAUAGCUGUGAUCAAUGUGGGAAGAGAUUUACUACAUCUAGCACUCUGAUUCGACACCAGAGAACACACACAGGAGAGAAGCCUUAUAGCUGUGAUCGAUGUGGGAAGAGUUUUCCUACAUCUAGCACUCUGAUUCGACACCAGAAAACACACACAGGAGAUAAACCUUUUAGCUGUAAUCAAUGUGACAAGCGAUACUCUGAUAAAAGAUCUCUGAUUAAACAUCAGAAAAUACAUGAAGGAGUUGUUUCAUGAAAUCGAUGAAAUGAUGUGACAAUGUAGAAUGUUUUAUCAUUGUAGUAGAAGUAUUUUAAUGAUGUUCUACCUUACCAUUUGCCCUGUUUAAUUGAUUGCAUAAUGAUAUGGAUAUUAGCCUCAGGGGAAAAUCCAGGCUCUGAAUUGAAAGAGUAUUAUUUAACAAAAAGUGACUAACAACAAAAAAAAAAGAGCUGUGUUACACUUACUGCGUUGGUGACCCACUUUAAUCAAAAUGCAGCACUUCAAAAUGUAGCUAGCUGUUUUCUACAAGUUGAAAAAGCUGCUUGUUUAAAAAAAAUACAUGUAAUAUGAUAAUUGUUGCAGAUGUUUGUGUACAUACACACAUGAAAGCAGUAUAAUAAAUUGGUCUGUAAUAAAUUUUAUUAACAAUC